UUUAAAUUUGAAAUCCGUUGAUGUCAGAAAUGGACGAUAUUAUUGCCGAAUAUAAUCAAUCGGAAAAAGGUUUGAAGGAAACGAAGCAAGUAUACCAGUUGCUUGAGCAAAUUUUGAUAAUUUCCGAGGAGGGAAAUGAAAAGUUUCGUAGCAAUAAAAAUUUAGGGAAGAAAAACGAAUCCAAGACAUUCUCUACUCACUUACAUUCGAACACUCCGGAUGCGGUGAAGAGAAGUAUAUUGGAGUUCGAAAAUUAUAUAAAGGUGGUAGGCAAUUCAAAGCAAUCAAAGGACAAACAGCUGUUCUUGUCUUUGAUAAAUCAUUCACCUGAAGUUGUCAAAUAAGUUAUUUCAUAUUUUAUUUAUCUGUGGUAUUAAUUAAAUUGCUUUUAAUAAAAAAUAAAGGUUUGUUUUCCUUAUGUCAUUUCUAUGGAUACUAAAAUCAUAUUGAUCAAACAUAAAUAACAAAUGGAUAUUACAUACGGUUAUCAAAAGAAACGAAGCGAAUUUGGGAGACAAUGUCUGUUCUCAGACAAGGGCCCCGAUUUAAUCGACCAUUACCCCUCAAACAAAAAGUUGACGAAAGAGUAUAUCUUAAGAGAUCCCGUCCACAGAAGCACUCAAUGGGCCCCUGUACAAUCCGAACAUCAUCUAAAUACUAUGAGGGCGGAGUACAGCUCCAGCUCCAUGAACCAUUUCGAAGGCGGUUGGCCCAAAGACAUAAACACCGCCGAUGAGGAGCAAACCAAAAGAUACAGACGUAAAAUUGAAAAAGACGAAAAUUUCAGCCACACCAUGAUGCAGCUCUUCAAAAGCAUGGAAAAUUGUAUCCUUCAAAACAACGCAAUCAACAUUUAUCAACAGUACUUUUCGGAUGUGGAAGCGACUCCGUUAGUGGAACGAAGUACGGCACGAACAGUUAACGUUUAUCUCGACCAAAGUGCACCUUCGCGUCCCAUCAAUCACAUAUCUUGGUCGCCCGAUGGUCAGACCAAGCUCGCCAUAUCGUAUUGCAACCUUAAGUUCCAAGCUGUUGUAGGGAAAGAAGCAACAUUUUCGUACAUUUGGGAAGUCGAGAACCCCAACAGACCAUUGCUAACUCUAAAGCCGGAACACCCGAUCGUGUGUUUGGAAUACAACCCGAAAGAUCCGCAUUCGCUGGUCAGCGGUCAGAUAAACGGUCAGGUGGCUGUUUGGGACACGAGGAAGGGAUACGAACCCGUCGAGCUUAGCCUGAUCGAAAAUAGUUUUAGGGAUCCGGUGCGCGAUGUCCUCUGGAUAAACUCCAAAUCCGGCACAGAGUUCUUCAGCUCGUCGACCGACGGACAGAUCAAAUGGUGGGACACCAGGAAACUGUCUGAAGCGACGGAGACCCUGAUACUCGACUAUCGCAAAGACGACGAGCAAUCGUUGACGAACGCUUUGGGCGCCUCUUGCUUAGAAUACGAAACGACCAUCCCGACGAGGUUCAUGGUGGGAACUGAGCAAGGCGUGGUCGUUUCGUGCAACAGGAAAGGUAAAACCGCGAUGGAGAAGAUGCCGGUAAGGUUCAACGCCCAUAUGGGCCCGGUGGUCGCCCUGCAGCGGAAUCCGGCGUUCGUCAAGAAUUUCCUUACGGUCGGCGACUGGUCGGCGAAGAUUUGGUCGGAGGAUUGCCGCGAGAGCGCCAUCAUAUGGACGGGCUUUCAUAGGGCAACCCUGACCGAUGGCGUUUGGAGUCCUACCAGGUUGUCAGUAUUUUUUACCACCCGAACCGACGGGAUCCUGGACGUGUGGGACGUGUUGCAGCAGCAAAAACGCGCGUGCCUGGGGGUGAAGGUGUGCGACGAGCCUCUAAAGUGUCUGCGCGCGCACGAGAUGGGUAGACUGGUAGCUGUAGGUAAUCAACGCGGGACCACUUAUCUGGUAGAGUUUAGCGAAAACUUAGCAGUGUCGAACAAGAACGACAAAUUGCUUUUGACGGCCAUGUUCGAGCGGGAAAGUCGGAGGGAAAAAAUACUGGAGGCGCGGGGGCGCGAACUGCGCCUCAAACAGAAGACCAAGCAGCCACAGCAGACGGAUGUGUUGGACGAGGAGCAAACGGACGAAAAUAUGGAGGCCGUCGCCGAAGUGGUUUUUGGCGACAGCCUGGUGAGGCACGCCGAAUCAGACUUUUACGAGACGUUCGAACGGGAGAAGAAAGCCGCGGAACCCCCCGAAGAGAAAGAGAUCUACGACGAAAACGCUGUCGAGGUCAAGAACGAAGAGACCGAGACGGAUGCGACGCCACCAAAUCCAAAAGAAACCAAAAGGAAAUAAUCGUUUUCCGACCGUCGUUUGUCGAUAUUAAAACAUUUUUCGCAAAAUUCGCUUGUUUUUCGCAUCUCCAAGGAGCUGGAGGAGGGCUCUUUGAAUUUGCACAACCCUUCGAACCCGCAGACCUUCAAAAAUUACCAA